UCAACAACACAAAGUUAGCCGACACCACACAUACAUACAUACACACACAUUAUGGCACCGGUAGAUCAAAUCGAGGAGCCAGUGCUUCGUUGCCGUAAUAAUAACAAUGAUGUACUACACGAAAAACAUCACCCGACUGUCCACAACCAUCAUCAACAACAGCAACAACAACAACAAAACGGUGUCAACUCUCUGGGGAACAACACAUAUAAGCUAGAGAUUGUUUGGCGUAAUGUCUUCAUUAUGUCUCUAUUACAUAUCGGUGCCCUGUAUGGCGCCUACCUGAUGAUUACGGCUGCCAAAUAUCAAACAGUUAUCGCCUGGUUUCUUAUGUAUAUGUGCUCAGGUUUGGGCAUAACUGCUGGCGCCCACCGUUUAUGGUCUCACCGUUCAUACAAAGCCAACCUACCCCUGAAGGCACUGUUAUGCAUAUUUCAGACAAUGGCCCUACAGAACAGCGUCUACGACUGGUGUCGUGACCAUCGGGUGCAUCACAAGUACUCGGAAACCGAUGCCGACCCCCACAAUGCCAACAGGGGGUUCUUUUUUGCCCAUAUCGGUUGGCUAUUGUGCCGCAAGCAUCCCGACGUCCAACUCAAAGGCCAAUCGGUAGACAUGAGUGACCUGUGGAACGAUCCGAUGCUACGGUUUCAGCACCGGAACUAUCGGCCGAUGAUAUUAGUGUUUUGUGUGAUUGUGCCGACACUCAUACCGGCGCUGUUUUGGUCGGAAACACUGUUCAAUUCAUUUUACAUAUGCUUUAUGUUUCGAUAUAUCUAUACAUUAAACAGUACCUGGCUAGUUAAUUCAGCGGCUCAUAUGUGGGGCAAUCGUCCAUAUGAUGUAACCAUAAAUCCCAGAGAGUGCGGUUUUGCCACAUUUCAAACUAUGGGCGAGGGUUACCAUAAUUAUCAUCAUACCUUUCCCUGGGAUUACUCGGCCUCGGAGUUGGACUGGCAGUACAACUGGAAUUUUACGACAUUUUUUAUCGACAGUUUCGCCCGAAUCGGUUGGGCAUCCGAUAGGAAACGUGUAUCCAAUGAUGUGGUCACCAGUCGUGUGGAUCGUACCGGUGAUAAACAGCUGACCACUGGCCAUAUAGCUAGCCGUCAAAGUUUCCUACAAUUUUGUUUGAAACAUUUGACAGCCACUGGUAUCGGUAUGGCUCACCUGUGGAUACCGUUUAUCAUUAGGUUUCUAAUUAAUUUAGUCAACUAA